UGGCCCUUCCUCACACGCGCGCGCGUCCUCGUCGCUCGUCGGGCUCGGCCAUCAUCAUCAACUCCUUACACGACCCUCCAGAUGAUCUCUCCUUGCUUCCUCAUGUCUCCCUUCUUCAUAUCCACUUCUUUUGCUUCUCACACUGGAGCUUAGCCUGCCUUGCCAUGCCUACCGCAAGCUCUCCUCUUGCCCCCAAGGGGCAGCUGACGAUGGCGACGAAGCGCACCCCCGCCCUUCUCCUGGUCCUCCUCCUCUCCAUCCUUCUCUUCGCGAGGUCAUGCGAGGCGCGAGGCCUUCGUGUCCAUGGCAAGGGCCGCAGCAGCAGCAGCUCCACCAGCAAGUCGUCACAUCUACCAGGCAAGGGCGUCGAGGCAACUAGCUUGAAGAAGGCAGAUAAUGGUUGGCUGACAAGGCAGGCAGAAGCUAGAUCAACGGUUCACAGUGCUGUCGAUGAUCGCGUGAUGGCUCAGGCGGAUGCGAAGGCGGCGGAGGGAGUGGCAGUAAUGGCAUCACCAACCGCAGCAGGCACUCCUGUUGGAGCCUCGCCUGUCGUUAGAGUUUCGCAGCGGCUUUCUCGGCGGGAGGACACGGGGUUUCAUCUGGAUUAUGCCGGGCCAAGGACACACACCCCUUCUCACAACUAAUGCGAUCUCAGAUCAUUCCGUAACCUAGCAGCUACUACUCUUCCUCCGCUCCUCUCUUCAUAUCUGAAGGCGACCUACUAUCACCUAUGUACAUGAGUUCUUCUCCUGACCUAACUCUUAAGCCAAGAUCCUACACUUGCCUGUGCUGCCCUGUAUGCAUCAUGGGCUGCCAAUAAUCUUGGUUGGCGUAGAGCAGUCCGCUUUAACUUGGGUAUGUUGUUGGUAGAGUACUCUGGCUACGCUACUGGAAAUUUUGUUGGGUCGAGAUGAGACAGAUCAGACAUGUAUACAAGCAUAUACGUGUUUUCCCUGUGAUAUAACCUUGUAUAUGUUCAUCAAGCUAGAUCUUGUUUA